AUGUUGGGGUUCUUUGGGCAAGCACUUGUUGCCUUUAUUGUGGGUGGAUGUUAUCAACAGCUCACAUCCAAUUGUUUUCCACUCUUCGUGUUUUUAUACGGCACUUUGCUGGGCUUUGGUGAAGUUUCAGGGAUGAUACCUAGCAUCUGCCUAACAGAAUACACCCCAAGAGAUUACCGUGGGACAGCUUACGGUAUAGGAUCAGGUUUUGCCAAAGCAGCAGGCCUUGUCGGUGUCGUUACGCACUCAUACAUGAAAAAGCAAUUUGGCAUUGAUGGCGAAUUUAUCAUCUUUGGUAUCAUCGCUUCCCUGUGCGGCGUUACUGUGUUUUUGUUUCUGCAAGAAACUGCUGGCCCAGGAGUAAUGGAAAAAGCAGAUGAAGAAUUUGAACACUAUUUGGAGACACGGAGCAAAUCACAAUCAAUGGGCGUGGUGCAACAACAAUGA